CCUGACUCGAUUGAUCCAACGGCGGAUACGCGGAUAGAAAUCGAACGAGUUCCAGGCAGCUAGAGGCUCGUUGUGGACCCACAAGGCACAUCAAUGAACACGAUCUAAAGCGUUCAGAAGGCAAGCCCGAGCGAUGUUGCGCCGCGCGAGCGAGGAGAGAGCGCAUAGAUAAACGAAGGGUUUAUCCAAAGCGGCAGUGCAAUCAGGGCAGGACAGCUGAGCAAAGAAGCGAGCAAAAGAGCGCGUGCCUACCUGUGUUUCCCUCUGAUAUCUAUAUCCUAUAUUUUCUCGACCCUUGUUUCUGUCUACUCGUCCAGAAUAUCUGUCUAUUCGAAUUAUACCCACCGUACCGCAUCUGACUAAGAGCAAACAUGCCCUUCUUCAAGCAAGUGACUGCAGGACUGAAAGACCUCAAGGCCUCCUACGAUCGCAAGAACGCGAAUAAAGAAGGGAAGAAGCCUGACUAUGGGACUGGCAGUGACCCUCAAGCGAUAGCCCAGCAACCGUUCGGCCACGGGCAGGCCUACGGCCAGCCAUUCGGAAACCCUCCACAGCAGAACGGCGGUGACUAUGCUCCACAGCCAUCACAAGGACCACAACCUCAGGCCCAGGGACCGCCAGGCCAGAGCGUGCUUCCCGUAGGCUGGAUCACGCAGUUCGACCAGAGCAGCCAGCGGUGGUACUUUGUCGAGCAAGCGACUGGCCGCACGCAAUGGGAGGCACCGGCUUCUUCUGCGCCUUUUCCUCAUCUUCAACAAGAACAACAACGACAACAACAGCAACAAUUCAUACCGCAACCCGCUGGUGCACAUGACAUUCCGCCUCCUCCUCCGGGACCAGCAGCAGCCGAACGCGGACAAGGCGGGAAGAAAUACGUCAAGCAGGCCGCGCACCUGAUCGUCGGCGCGCACAAGAAGAAGAAGGAGAAGAAGAAGCAGAAGAAACAGGCGCAGCAGCACGGCGGUGGUGCUGCGCAUGAGCAUGGUGGCCAGGAGGAAGAAUACGAGGAAGGGGAGGAGUAUGAGGAAGGGGAGGAGGGGGAAGAAUAUGAGGAAGAGGAGGCGUAUGAGUAUGAAGAUUAUGAGUAGGAUGAUAAUGUGGCGGUGUGUGAGGCGGAGAAUGUGUUUUGUUGUAGAUAUAGAUAUAGAUAUAGAUAUACCAUUGUAAGAG